AUCCGAGCUCAUCUUCUUCAGGCAAAUCAGUAAACUAAACAAGUAAAAAGAUCACAGAUCAAACAUUUCAAAUCCAGUAAAAAGCGAAAGAGAACGAACUAUCUAUCGAUGCCGAAACGUCCAACAAACCGUGAAUUCUCCGAGAUUUUUCCGGUUUUCAAGGGAAUAAGCCGGAGUGUUCAGCAACAGAAAAUAAGAACCAGAAUUUCCCGAUCGCCACCGCGGUGGUUACUUUUCCGGCGCCGGAAUUUUCCUCCUGUUUUUUACCGCCGCGUCUCAACAAGUUUUGAUUAUUCUGAUUACGAUUUCAAUCCUCAAGAGUUGCGUUUUUUCCCUGAGAGGUUUCGAUUACUUGUUGCAGAAGACAGAUGGGAGGUGUUUGUUCUCAUGGUUUCAAAGAUGGUGAUAAGAAGUUGAGAUCCACCGAUGAUGAUAAGACAAGAGGGAUGUCUGGUAAAAUCAAGUCCAUGAGAAGAAGAAAAACCUCUGAUUCGUAUUAUUCAGACAAUUACGAAAGCUCAAGGCGCAAAAGUUCCAAGCCUAAUGAGAAAUCCUCUAACUUUUCCGGUGAACUCGGGCCGGUGCCUCCAUUAAGGACAGAAUCUACCAAGAUUAUGCAGAGGAACUCGUUUCUAGGACGAGCUGGGGUUAUGGGGCUAGAGAAGGCGGUGGAAGUUCUGGACACGCUAGGGAGCAGCAUGUCUGGUAUGAACCCAGGCAACGGGUUUCACUCGGGUGUUACAUCGUCUCGUGGUGGCAAAGUCACUAUAUUGGCCUUCGAAGUGGCCAACACGAUAGCCAAAGGUGCUGCUUUGAUGCAAUCUCUGUCUGAAGAGAAUCUCAAGCUCAUGAAGAAGGAUAUGUUGCGUUCCAAGGGAGUUAAGAAGUUGGUUUCUACGGACACCAAAGAGUUGCAAAUUCUUGCUGCUUCUGACAAAAGAGAGGAACUUGAUCUUUUCUCUGGAGAGGUGGUCAGAUUUGGCAAUAUGUGCAAAGAUAUACAGUGGCACAAUCUUGAUCGAUAUUUUCAAAAGCUUGACACAGAGAACUCACAGCAUAAACUGCUCAAAGAUGAGGCAGAGGCAAGGAUGCAAGAGCUCGUCACUCUUGCCCGAUUCACUUCUGAAUUAUAUCACGAGUUGCAAGCUUUGGAUAGGUUUGAACAAGAUUACAAGAGAAAGCUCGCAGAAGUAGAGUCUUUAAACCUCCCUCGUAGAGGAGAGAGUAUCAUCAUCUUACAAAAUGAACUAAAACAACAGAGGAAACUCGUGAGGAGCUUACAGAAGAAGUCGCUCUGGUCCCGUAAUCUAGGAGAGAUAAUUGAGAAGCUUGUAGAUGUGGUUUGCUACGUACGUCAAACGAUUGUGGAAGUAUUUGGCAACAACGGUCUAAAAGACAAUGGAGGGAAGCAGGGAAGAGAACGAUUAGGUGAAGCUGGUCUUUCCUUACACUAUGCUAAUCUAAUCCAACAAAUCGAUAGUAUUGCUUCUCGACCUUCAUCACUUCCUCCUAAUGUAAGGGACACGCUUUACAAUGCAUUACCUGAUACCGUCAAGACAUCUCUUCGGCCUCGGCUACAAACUCUUGAUCAUGAGGAAGAGCUUUCAAUAUCUGAGAUCAAAGCUGAAAUGGAGAAUUCGCUUCAAUGGCUUGUCCCAUUCGCCACAAACACCACCAAGGCACAUCAAGGCUUCGGAUGGGUGGGCGAGUGGGCGAAUUCAAGGAUAGAGUUUGGCAAGGGAAAAGGCGAGAGCAACGGGAAUCCAACACGACUUCAGACACUUCAUCACGCAGAUAAACCGAAAGUUGACUCAUAUGUACUUGAGCUCGUUGUAUGGCUUCAUCGACUAAUGAAGUCAACAAAGAAACGAGUUCACGGCGUUAAGUCUCCAGAAACCAAUCAUGGCUCUCAACCCAACAACAUCUCCAAGACGCAACUAGCUCUCUCUCCUGACUUCACCUAUAAAAACCAACUCUCUCUUGAAGACAGGUUGUUGUUGGACAGUGUCCAAAGCAUAAGAUUUGGUCCUAAUCUAAGCAAGAGUCAAGAGUUCAUCGGCUUGAAGAAGAACAAGAAAGGAAUCAAGAUCUGGGCAUUGAGCAGAAGUACAGGAAAUUCUCCAAAAGUUGAUCUUUCUGGUGAGAAUUCUUCUAGUGAUUUGGAUGUUCUUGAUGGUUUGGAUUUCGCUUUCCGACAGGCUUAGCUCGCGGCGGUUUGAGAACCGGUUUUUUGAUCCGUUCUUCUGUAUUUAUAUAGAUUCUAUCAUUUUUUGUAUAUAACACAGCAUAAGCAUAUAACAGUUAUAUAAUAGUUGGAAUAAAAUAAAGACACUAUUGGUUGGUUCA